AUGAGGUUGGUGGCUUUGCCAGUGCUCUUGCUGCUGUUGGCUGAUCUGGGAGCGCCCCAAGUUCGCAUUAAAUUGUGUGGGAGAGAGUUUAUGCGUGCAAUCAUCUACUCAUGUGGUGCCUCCAGGUGGAAGAGGGAGGUCAGGCCGGCUGUACAGUAUCUCAAAGCUGCUGCCCCAGCAAGAGUCGAUCAGUCACUGUUUCUGAAGCGCGACGACAUGAGCAGUUACGAGGACUGGAACAAGGACCCCAGCCCGAGUGUGUCUCUGUCCAACGAUGAGCCAUCCAGGCACCAGACAGACCAGCAGCGGGAUAGUCCCGGGAGGCCCUGGGAUUCCAUCCAAUCAUACCAGAGCCUGUUGGAAAUGUGCUGCAAGCACGGAUGCACCAACCGGCAAAUCGCAUCGUUGUGCUAA